AUGAGCUCUGCCAAAGAUAUCAUUCUUUCUAUUUGUGAAGGCGAGGACGCUGACACUGCUAGAAGGUUUGCGAUGCUGCUAUGGGUUCUCUGGAAUAACAGAAAUAAUAAGGUUUGGAAUGAUUCACAGGAGAUAGGGCACAAUCUUGGUCACCAAUCACGACACUUAUGGCUGGACUGGUUUUCAAUGCAGCGUUUUCAGCAGAGGAGUCCACCUACUAUGCAGCAGCAGCAAGUUCUAGCUUGGCAAAAACCUCCCACAGGCUGGUUCAAAUGCAAUAGUGAUGCAGGUUUUCAUAAUGAUUUGAAUAAAACUAGUGAUGGAUGGUGUUUGCGUGAUCAUUCAAGCAACUUUGUGCAAGCAAGUACUAAUUGGAGGGAAGGACAAUGCUCAAUAGUCGAAGGGAAAUCACUAGCACUACUUGAAGCAAUGAAGGCCAUGGAGCAUAGAGGGCUCACUAAUGUUAUUUUUGAAACGGACUCCAAGAGUGUGACCGAUGCUAUUCAUUAUCUACACGCUAGUUCCUCGGAAUUCAGUGCCACUAUAUGUAACAUUAAACACAUUAUGUUGUUAAAUCAAAACUUUGUGGUUAAGUUUGUUAAGCGACAAGCGAAUAUGGUUGCUCAUAGCUUGCUAAGGCGGCCAUUUCUUGGUCUAGUCGCAAUAUCUUUGAUAUGUUACCUCAUUGUAUUACUACUUUAUUGCUUAAUGAAAUAA